UUGCGCUUUUUAUUGUGCAUUUUAUCAAGGAAGCCCACGGCGCGUCACUUACUUGAUCGUUCGCAAACGCUACUCGUUACUGCACAUUGCAACGCUGCGAGUGUGUCCCGUCGUUGCAGCUUUCGUUGGAAGUUUCCCGGGAGGAUGAAGUUCAACGUGAUAACGUUUGGUCUACUGUUGUCUCUUUUGACGCUGAGCGAAGCGCAAUCAAAGUGCGACUAUUUUCAAAACUUGGUUCCUGGACAAUACUACUAUGUAUUUAAUAACGAGUAUCCUAAUCCGUACCGAGGCCAGAACCAAUGCACAUGGCGAAUGACGAGUUCUUAUCCCAUAAAAAUCAACUGUAAUAUCAGCAUGCCUGCGAACAAAAAUUGCAUGGAAGAGUACUUUUCGGUUCAGUUUGCUGGAAAAAGCAUUGAUAAAUACUGUGGCUAUGGCACGUUCACAAGUGAGGGGAUGGACGUGACUAUGAAUUUUAUUUCUCCGUAUACCACGAAGGGAGGCACAUUUCUGUGUGAGGCACGAGCGGAGAAACCGUUUGAUGAAUACAAUUGUCAAUGCGGUUGGAAGAACCCGAGCAAGAUAGUUGGCGGCAAGGAAACCGGCAUAAACGAAUAUCCUAUGAUGGCUGGUCUCGUCGACGGCGUGCGAGCGGAAUUGUUCUGCGGCGCGACCAUAAUAAGUCCUAAGCACGUACUGACAGCGGCUCACUGUGUGGAUGGGAGAAAUAUUAAAGAAAUCGGAGUGCUUGUCGGCGAGCAUGAUAUUACUACAGGUACUGACACCCCGGCCGCUAAAAUGUAUCCUAUAAAUAAAUGGAUAAUACAUCCGCAGUAUCGAGAUAUUUACAACGACAUAGCUGUUUGUGAAAUUGUCGGCACGAUAGAUUAUAGUAUCAAAAUCGGUCCGGCCUGUCUGCCAUUUCAGCAUCGAUACGACUCGUUUAGCGGUUCUUACGUGACGUUGUUGGGCUGGGGUCUGAUGGAUUUUGGCGGUGCCAAAUCGAACGUGCUGCGCGAAGUGGACGUGAGUGUAAUUACCAAUCAACAAUGCGCGAAAUACUACUAUCCUAAUAAACAGAUAACACGCAGUCAUAUGUGUACUUACACUUCAGGAAAGGAUUCUUGUCAGAUGGACAGCGGCGGACCAGCCUUGUGGGAAAAUCCUACCACAUAUAAAAUGGUAUUAACCAGCAUUAUAUCUGCCGGUAUAGGUUGCGAUUCGGGCGCACCCAGUAUUUAUACACGUGUUGGGGACUAUAUAGACUGGAUAGUGUCUGUAACACCUGUUACUUGUGAGAGUGGUCCGACGACGCAGUCUUGUUGGAAGUUUCCCGAGAAGAUGAAUUUCAAAGUGAUAACGUUCGGUCUACUGCUACCUUUUUUGGCGCUGAGCAAAGCGCAAUCAUCAGAUUGCAUGCGUUUUGCAAAGGCUGACAGCAAUUGUCGAUGCGGCUGGAAGAAUCCAACUAGGAUAGUUGGCGGCAGUGAAACAUGUGUAAACGAAUAUCCUAUGAUGGCUGGUCUUAUCGACUUUAAAAUGAAAGAAUUGUAUUGUGGUGCGACUAUAAUAUAUUAUCAUUACAUAUUAACAGCGGCUCACUGUGUGGAUAGGAAAGAUAUAAGUACAAUCGGAGCGCUUGUCGGCGAGCAUGAUAUUAAUACAGGUAAAGAAACUGACGCCACUAAGAUAUAUCUUAUAGAGAAAUGCACAAUACAUCCUCAGUACUGCAAAAGUGGAGAUAAAAAUUACCACGAUAUAGCUAUUUGUAAAACUAAAGAGUCGAUAAAAUUUAGUGCCAAAGUCGGUCCGGCCUGUCUGCCAUUUCAGCAUCGAUACGACUCGUUUAUCGGUGAUCGUGUGACGCUGUUGGGCUGGGGUAUGAUGGAUUUUGGCGGUGCCAGAUCGACUAAGUUGCAGGGAGUGAAUGUGGGCGUAAUGAGCUCUCAACAAUGCGCGAACAUGUAUAAUUCUAGCCUACAGAUAGCAUGUUCUCAGAUGUGUACUUACGCCGAGGGAAAGGACUCUUGUCAGAUGGACAGUGGCGGACCAGUCUUGUGGCAAAGUUAUUUUACGAACAAUAUUGUACUAGUCGGCAUUACAUCUUCCGGUGUAGGUUGCGCUUCGGAGAUGCCCACUAUUAAUACGCGUGUUGGGUACUAUAUGGAUUGGAUAGAAUCUGUAACACCUGACGCGCAAUACUGUAAAGUUGAGUGAUCGUCGUACGGUUAUGAAGGAGUGAAACGGCGAGGGUUCAUUGUCUUGGCCGUGGCUGAUGGGUCUACUACGCAUUCUGGUGUUGGGUUUGCCGCGUUUUUGCGAGAUCGACGUGUAUUUUAAGGGACACGCGUGGAAAAUAUUAACGAUGUGUCAAUUUUUAAUCGUAUAGCAACGACGACGAAUUAUAUUCCUUUCUGUUUGAACCAA